CGCCCACUCCCGCGGGGUGCGGGGGGUCUGGGGGGGAAGCUCGGUGGGCCCGAUUCUGGCCGUGCCUACGGGGUGUCCCGAGUGGGGCUGGUGCUGAACCCGGCCUGUCAGGGGCGUCACUCACCGUGACAUUAAUCAGCCUGGCAGCUUCUCCUGACGCUCCUGUCACGAGUGGGGUGGCCUGGCCAGCGGAGAGGAAAUACCGUGACUUUUGGUGAGAUAACCCCGGGGUCUGUGUGGGGCCGACCCGUCUGUUCAGAGCAGUGACCUGUCCCUGGUGAGCAUCCAUCGCUUCGCGUGGGCGGCCGUCACCAGUGACACAAUGUGAGGGACGAUGCUGUGUGAGUCAGAUGCACGCAUGGCGCUUGCAGAACCAGUCCCCACGGCUUAUUGUAAUUCAGAUCCUCAAGGGAACAGGGAGGUGUCGCUGGAUGAUGUGCUGCUCCACUCGCCAGCGAGAACUGGGGAGGCCCAGAGCACCGGGACAGUUGAAGAUACCGAGAUGGAGGGAAGUAAGAGAGACACACUUGGUUCAGAAGCAGCCUCUGCACCUGCUGGCUCCCGCUUGUGGACCACGCAGCGCGACGGGGAGGUGAGGCUGAGGAUGGAGGAGCAGGGCAUGGGCAGCGAGCCCCCCAAGACCGUGCACGAGCUGUUCCAGGAGGCCGUCCAGAGAUACGGGGACAACUAUGCCCUUGCAUCCAAGAAGGGUGGCCAGUGGGUAAAGAUGACUUAUAAGAAGUACUACGAUGAGUGCUGGAAAGCGGCCAAAAGCUUUCUGAAGCUGGGACUGCAGCGUUUCCAUGGCGUGUGCAUCUUGGGGUUUAAUUCUGCGGAGUGGUUUAUUGCUGACAUCGGAGCGAUCCUCGCAGGUGGACUUGCUGUUGGUAUCUACACUACAAACUCUCCCGAGGCCUGUCAUUAUGUAGCGGACAACUGCAGCGCUAACAUUCUGGUUGUGGAAAACCAUAAACAGCUGCAGAAAAUCUUAGAGAUUCAGGACAGACUACCUCAUCUGAAAGCUAUUGUCCAGUACGGGGAAGAGCUGAAAGAGAAGAGGCCAAAUCUGUACUCUUGGAGUGAGUUCAUGGCCCUUGGCGAAGAUGUUCCAGAUACUCAACUCCGCGAAGUCAUUAAGUCGCAGAAGCCCAACCAGUGCUGUAUGCUGGUCUACACCUCGGGGACAACGGGACAUCCCAAGGGAGUCAUGCUCAGCCAUGACAACCUGACGUGGACGGCGGCCGUGGCGGGACGGUUCAUCAUGCACUCGCACGAUAAGGAGAAGCAGGAACGGGUGGUCAGCUACCUGCCCCUCAGCCACAUUGCUGCACAGAUGGCAGAUAUUUGGUUGGCAGUGACGUUCGGUGCACAAGUUUUCUUUGCUCAACCAGACGCAUUGAAGGGCACCUUGGUAGACACCCUGCGGGAAGUGAGGCCAACGGUUUUUUUGGGAGUUCCUCGUGUCUGGGAAAAAAUUGAAGAGAAGAUGAAAUCCAUCGGUGCAAAGUCGUCGUCACUCAGAAGAAAAGUGGCAUCGUGGGCCAAGGGAGUCGGGUUGCAGACAAACCUGAAGUGGAUGAACGGGUGCUCUGAAGUCCCGGUGAACUUCCACAUAGCCAGGCACUUGGUGUACAACAAAGUGCGAAAGGCCAUUGGGCUGGACCGCUGCACAAAGUGCUACACGGGGGCUGCUCCCAUCACCCGAGAGACGCUGGAGUUCUUUCUGAGCCUGAACAUUCCCGUGCUCGAGCUGUACGGCAUGAGUGAGAGCACCGGGCCGCACACCAUCUCUCUGUCCCAUGCGUUCAGGCUCACCAGCUGCGGAAGGGAAGUCCCGGGCUGCCGGACACUGAUUCAUAAGCCAGAUGCUGACGGCAACGGGGAGGUCUGCUUCUCGGGCCGCCACAUCUUCAUGGGCUACUUGAACAUGGAAGACAAGACCAAAGAGGCGAUCGAUGAGGACGGGUGGCUGCACUCGGGUGACCUCGGCAAGCACGAUAAAGAUGGAUUCCUCUACAUCACCGGCAGAAUCAAAGAGCUCAUCAUCACCGCAGGAGGUGAGAACGUUCCUCCCGUUCCCAUCGAGGAUGCUGUAAAAGACGCUGUUCCCCUCAUCAGCAACGCGAUGCUGGUCGGAGACAAAGCCAAAUUCCUUGCGAUGCUCCUAACGCUGAAGUGCAAUGUGAACGUGGAAACUGGGGAGCCAGGGGAUGAUCUGACUCCAGAAGCUGUUGAAUACUGCCAGAAACUGGGCAGCAAGGCCACGAAGGUCUCCGAAAUCAUUGGCAGCAAAGACAAGGCUGUGUACGCGGCCAUCCAGAAGGGGAUCUCGGCUGUCAACGAGAGAGCUGUCUCCAACGCCCAGAAAGUCCAGAAAUGGGUUCUUCUUGAAAAGGACUUUUCCAUCUUCGGAGGCGAGCUGGGCCCCACGAUGAAGCUGAAGCGACCCGAGGUGGUGCGCAAGUACAAAGAGCAGAUUGCUCAGUUUUACGUGGACGCCGAGACGCCCGUGGCGCCGGAGAACGCCCUGCGGCAGUGACACGGAGCCCCGAGCCCCCCGGAGGAUUCCCCGGGCUCUGUGCAAAUAAACCUCAUCGUGCAGCCCUCCCAAUUCACCCAAAUCUAUUUCAUUUUGGCCCUCGUACUGCAGUGUGGUGAGCGUGAUCGUGCUGUGUCCUAAUGCUGAGUAUUCCUGUGGAUCUUUCUGUCUUUCCACUUUAUUUUUAAGAAGGGCAAUGCAAUGUUUACCCAAAAUCCUUAUUACUGUUGCGUUUUAACCAAAGUCAUCUUUUCUGGAGCUGAAUGUAAACCAAUCAGGAACUGCAAUCUUCCUUAUAGCCGUGUCCUUCCCUCCCCCAGCACGCAUUUAUCUGCAUGCUGAUGACAUCCGAGUUAUUUAAAUCUACCCGCAAACUGUCCUAUGUCAAAGACAACAGUGCCAUAUGGCUGCGUGGAACCUCGUAUUUGCUGUGUUUGUGCAAUAUUUUGAGUCUGUUUUAUCAUUUUGAGUUGUAACGAAGCCAUAAAAUCGUAUUAUAUGGCC